AUGGUCUUCGAUGCGUCUAGCCAUCUGCCCCACAUCAUACGCACCGACGAGAAUCACAUGAUCUAUGGACCUUCGACAAAUGACCUUUACGUUUCUCAAUACAGAGCCAUCGAGGGCAUCAAAUUUCCUCACACGUUUCAGACCGUCUAUAGCUCCACUACGCAGAAGCUAGAUGCAACACUCGAAGAGUUCAUGGUCGAAGAAAUCACUAUUAAUCCCAGGUUCCCCAAGGACUACUUCAGUGGAUUGUCAGAAAGGGAAGGAUUCUUCCCGAAAGAGGCACCCAAGAAGACUGAGGGUCUCAGUCAUGCGCACAUUCUAGAACUCAGCAGCAACAUGCUUUGGUCUGGUCCUGGGUCCGGCAUUAGCAACAACUCUGUCGACAGUAUCAAGCACAAAAACAUCGUCCCCGGUCUGCCCAAUGCUCAUUGGCUCAUCGUCAAUGACGAGUUUUUAGGAGUUAAGCAAUUCGUGAUCGAGUUCGAGGACCACGUCAUCGUCGGUGAUGCACCUCCCCAGUGGACCAAGCAAGUAAUCGAGUGGAUUGACAAGAAAAUUGGCAAGCCUAUUAAAUACCUUUGGCCUACCCACCAUCACCGUGAUCACAGUGGAGGAGCUGCUGAAUAUGUCCAAAUUGGGGCGAAGUUGAUUAUCCCCGAGAUUGCAACAAGCUAUUGGUCAAGCAUUCCCGGUGCCGAGCUCAUCACCUUCAACGAAACGCACCCCUACAUCAAUAGCGAUAACGAGCACCAGGCCUGGUUCAUCUGGGAGGAGCAAGCCACACACUCCAUCGACUGGUCAUAUAUAUUUAUCACUAACAAGUGCCCUACCAACGAAUCAGGUAUUGCUAUCAUUGAGGCCGACGCGUGGCACCCUGGUAUACCUGAUGCCAACAAUGACAGGUGGGAAAUGAGAGAGUGGCUCGGUCAGCUUGAUAGGGAUGGUGUUCCUGAAAGCGCCUAUGUUCUGCCAACCCAUGGUCAGAUCAGUCAAGUCUCGGAACUCAUUGAGCAUACUGACUAUGUCUAUGCCGCAAGAACUAUUGGUGACUGGAAGAAUGGAGGAGCUCUGUACCAGGCGUGA